UGUCUCAGUUUACUGACAGAGCACGGCACAAGUAGAAACAUUAUUUCAUUCUAGAAACGUGUUUAAGUUAUUUUAGUUACCAUUAUCGCCAUGAAGUGCUUCGUUGCCAUUGCCCUGCUUGCGGUAGCCGUUAGUGCAUCGCCCAUCGAUUAUGGACACUACGGUGGUCCAGCUCUGCUGCAUGCCGCUCCAGUGCUGCACGCUGCUCCUGUUGUGAAACACGUCGUUGCCGAACCAGUUGCCUACCCGAAAUACUCGUUCAACUAUGGCAUCAAGGACCCGCACACCGGUGACAUCAAGUCCCAGGCCGAGGAACGUGACGGCGAUGUUGUCAAGGGACAAUACUCGCUGGUCGAACCCGACGGUUCCGUGCGCACCGUCGACUACACUGCCGAUGACCACAACGGAUUCAAUGCCGUCGUGCACAAGUCCGCUCCAGCUGUCCACAAGGUUGUAGCCCCGGUUGCCUACCACGCUCCGGCUCCACUUCUCAGCCACUACGUUCACUAAGUUCAGCAAAGCCAGCACUACCAGAG